UGACGCGUCACGAGACUGUUGCCUGGUUCCUUCUCACAGUUUCCGCCGUCCUUAGUUGCCUGGCAACCAGUGACAGCGGCGGCCUUUCAAACUGCAGCUGCAGCAGGAGACCCCAUGCAGCGGGCGGGCAGCGCCAGGGAAGUGCUCUGCGCCCUGUGCCGGGCGCUCUCUGCCUCCGGGCACUUCUGGGAUCCUGAGGUUUUCCGAAAGUCAAAGUUUAACCGGCCGGAAGCGACUCCUGAAUUUUGGAAAUUACUGUACAACUUAUUAAAGCAAAUCUAUCCGAGCGAAGAAGAUUUAUCGCCUUCAGCACCUGAAAAGAAUGCAAUUGCUAAUCAAGUUCAGUAUGUAAAGUGUGUAUUGCAGACUCAAGGCUACGGCAGACCUGCCUUCUACGCUCUCCCCAAUGGUGGUGAAGAAGGCAGCAGGGAACUACUGCUAGCCUUUUCUUGGCUCUUAUGCAGAGUGAAGAUACUUGAAAUAAUGUUGGAAAAGAACAGAGUUAAAGUGGGUGAUCAUGUUACAAUCUGCACGUGUACUUAUGAUAAAGCCUUCAAAAACGUUAAAGAUACUUUGCCAGCAACCAAACGCAAUUUAGAUAUCCGUUAUAUUCAGUGGUUGAAUGGAAAACUGCAGCUCUGCAGGAGAACGUUAUACACUGGUCAUCUGGAAGAAUGUGCUAUUUUGUAUAAGAUUCAUUCCUAUACUCAAGGCUGUCACAUUGACCGAACCACCAGCCAUUUAUCUGUUAUGGAAACAGAACUAAUUAGACAACCUGAAAGCUGCAAUAAGUUGCUGCAGUCUAUAGAAUCAGAGAAUUCUUACUUAGAAGCCUACUUGGAAUGGAAACAGCUAGAAUCCGUGUACUGGCGAUGGAUGGAAACCGUUUUGCAGUCUGCUUCUGAAGAUGAGCAGAGCUUGACUACUCACAAUAUAAACAAGUGCACAUUUUACUCAAGUGGUUAUCGGCCAAGGAAAAGCCUUAGUGAUAUACAGGUGCUAGGCAUGCGUUUACGUGGCCUGAAUGAGCAGCUCCACGAGCUCACUUCAAACAGAAAAUUAUUGUGGCACGAACAGAGUAAAGAUCUAGAAAGAGAUCUCAGUCAGAAGGAAUUGUACUUAACAAUUAAAAAAAUAAAGCAAGAAGUGAAAAAGAAGCUGGAACAUCUUAAACAUCAAAGUGCCCAAUCUGAAGAUAUACACGGAUCGUUCAGAAUUAUCUUUAGAGAAAGCAAGCUUCAGAAAACUGCGGCCCAUAAGGAGCACAAUGUGAGAGACCUUCAAGCCACAGAGGUGAUCACAUUUCUACAGGGUGCCAUAACUAAUAUGGAAGCGGAGUAUGAAAAACUACAAGAUCAAUGCAGGACGAGAUUGGAUGAAAUUACUGAAAGACUUGAAGGGGUUAUUUGUAUCCCGCCUACAAAGUGUUGAUUGUGCAGAGUUCAAUAUUUAGAGGUCUAUUCAUGAAGCAGUGAAAACAGUGGAGAAGUGAGCCAGCAUUGAAGUAGCAGUUGUAAUUUGCAUACUACACAAUUGUUCGGAGCAGCUGAUUGGUUGCCAUGGACAACUUCUCCACAGGCUCACUUCUCCACUUUUUUCACUGCUUCAUGAAUAGAUCCCUAAGCCUUAGAGAGGGAGAAAGUGGACAGAGGCAAAGUACCAGCCAAUCAGCUCCUAACUGCCAUGUCACAGGCUGUUUUUGAAAACUGGCAGAAGCUGAUUGGCUAUUACUUUAUCUCCAUCCUCUCCAAGGGUAACUAACCAACCAGCUCCUAACUGUCAUUUUUAUAACACAGCCUGUAACAGGACAGUUAGGAGCUGGUUGGCUGGUACUUCAUCUCUCUCCAAGGCUUAGUACAUAGACCCCAUAGUGACAUAAAAUAUUUUUUUUAUAUACAGUAGCUCUGCAGCACUUUAUAGAGAAUAUUUCAUUAUACCCCUUUUCCACUAGCUCAAAAUACAUGGGUAAAUGCACGGGGCGUGCAUUUACACGUGCUUUUUGCUAGUGGAAAAGGGUCCCUCUGCAAAAACCCAGAUCAAGUGAUCCGGGAAUCCUACCCGGGUAGCUUACCGGGUUGAACACGAGUUCAACCCGGUAAGCUGUGCAGUGUAUGGUCUCCCAGCGCCGCCACUGCCGCAUCACCAGCAGCGUCACCAACCCGGCAAUAUGCCGGCUUGGUGAGCGCAGUGGGAAAGGGGGCUGAGCACGGGCCGCAGUUGGGUAGCACAUGUGUCAGGCUCCCGGCUGCGACCCGUGCUUCUAGGUGGAAAAGGGGUAUUAUUCACAUCAGUCCCUGUCCUAUUCCAGCUUGCGGUGCAAAUUGCCUACCGCACAUGUACUAGGGUUCCGACAUUGACCUGAAUGUCGACACAGAUGAAAUGACGAUAGGGCAUAACAUGGACAAUGCAUUUCUGUGAUAUCGCUAACACGAAGCCUAGUGGUAAUUUCAACAUGUCAACAUUUUUUCCAUGUUGACAUUUUCUAUAUGGCGACAUAGUAAAUGUCAUCACGAGGACCGCAGUGAGGAGAUGGAAGUACCCAUACACAUCCCUCACAGUUGGUGUCUGUGUAUGUAGGUACCUGUAAUGCUCGUGACUGUGACACCCACAAAUCUUCCAGUUUUCUCAUUCUCUACACAUAGUAUGGUAUAGAAGUCAUUCCUCUUACGUUGCAUCUACGACUUAAAUGUGAUCAGAGAGCAUAAAUUCAGGGCAGGUGGUCCCUCCAUCCGCUGGUCGCUAUUCACUGGCACCAGGGGCGUAGCCAGAACUUUGGGCCCCAUAGCAACAUUUUGAAGGGCCCCCGUCCCAAUGCUUCUAGAGAGACACUUCUCUGCAGCAGUUGUUAAUUGUAUGCCUUAUAAUAGUGCCCUAGUUCAUUUUCUGACCCAUAGUAGAGCCUUAUUCAAUGUUAUGCCCCAUAGUAGUGCCCUAGUUUCUUUUAUGAAUCGUAGUAGUGCUUAAGUUCACCCUAUGUCACAUUUCAGAGCUGCCAGUACACAUUAUGCCACACAGUACCCCCGAUUCACAUUGAUAUAUAGUGCUCCCCGUUCAUAUUGUGCCUCAUUACAGUGCCCCAGUUCAUAUUAUAUAACAUUAUAGUGCCCCCCAGUUCAUUUUAUACCACACUACAAUAUGUAAGUCCAGGGGCAUACCUAGAUAUAUUGCAUGCCCCAAGGAAAACGUUUGAAUGGACCCCUACCUACCAUCAAAUGGCGAAAAAUGUAUAUAACACAUGUAACUGUGACAGGGAAGGUGGCCCCUCUCAGCUCUGGGUCCCAUAGCAGCUGCAGUGCCUGCACCUAUAGUAGCUAGACCCUUGUAUAUAACACAUGUAACUGUGACAGGGAAGGUGGCCCCUCUCAGCUCUGGGCCCCAUAGCAGCUGCACUGCCUGCACCUGUAGUAGCUAGACCCUUGUAUAUAACACAUGUAACUGUGACAGGGAAGGUGGGCCCCUCUCAGCUCUGGGCCCCAUAGCAGCUGUAGUGCCUGCACCUAUGGUAGCUACGCACUUGACUUGCACGGCUCUACCAAAGCUUGUCAUCUGUGUAACUGUGACAGAAUCCAAGAACAUGUUUUAGAUAAAGACUCAAUUUUAAUGGACUUUCUAUGUUAUCUAGCUGUACAAUGCAACAGCAGAGCUUAGGCUGGAAUUGCUGAAUGAAUUCCACCACCCAUAGGGCUUACUCAUAUCUCCGCCAUAAUCCUUCAGGUUGUACAGACAAUGGUUUUGUUGCUCCCAGCAUGCUCCUCUGCCAGCGUUCCAAUCACCGUCUACUCUGCAAUAAUAGACUACAGCAUUAGCGUGGGAUGACAUGAGUCUCAAGCAAUCGCCGUAAUGCAGCGACCGGCAACUUCUGGAAGUAUUCUUCCUCUCCUAUACCUACUCUCUCACCUUGUCAGUGAGCAGGUCACUCUGCAGUUAGCUUAUGGGGUGUCUGAGGAUAGAGGGGGGCGAUCCGCAAAGCACCUGCAUCCUGUUUCCUUAGUGCAUUGCAUUGUAACACGCGUUAGUGUCAACAAUUUGCUCACCUUGAGAUGAAUGAUCCCUAUGAUGGCUCUGUUUUCAGCACAUUAUACGCAUCCAGUCACUUGUCACGCCGCACAUCCUGCAUAAUGCACUUCAGAUAAGUAAACUGUGACAUUUUCUAAUAUAAUUGCUUAAUUUAGAUGAAUCACCCUUCUCAAAGCACUAAUUACUCCAUGCUCAUCAAUCAAUACAUUACAAUUAUAUCAAUAAUAUUCAUAAAAGGAGUUAAUGGCAAUGAAAAAUGCAUAUCAUAUAUUAAUAAUACACGCAUAAUCAUGAAAAAUAAUUGUCUGUAUAGAUUUAACAAUUAGUCAUCAUCAAAAUUCAAUUUGUUUAAAGCCAGUGAUUAAAAAAAACGUUUUACUCCACACUCCGUUUCGUAUGAUUGUGUCCUUCAUGCAGUGAUUAUAAUCGGAUAGUAUUUUCAUAGAUUAUGUGCAAGCGGUGGCACCAACAUAAGCCUUGUCAUUUAUUACCUGUGGAAGUCCACUAUGUCCACUUUUCGAAAUUAAAAAUGUUUUUCAUCUUCGUACAA